GGACUUCCGGCCUGGGUUUUUUUUUUCUUCAAAGGGGCAUUUUCCCCGCGGUGGGUUGGAAGCCCCGUCGGGCUCCCUCGUGCUCCGGAGCGGGGAAGCGGCGGUGCAAAUAAAAAAGAAGGGGGCAGUUAUGAACUGAAUCUUCUCAAAGCUGCAAGUUUAAGCCUAUAAACGGAGCCAAGGUGUAAGCAGGAGUGAGAAUAAAGAAUAUUACAUUCACGUACUGGCAGCAACUUGCGGGUCAAGGUGUAGAUACUAUAAAACAUACUGCUUAUUUUGUUCGUUUGUUGUUUUGUUUUUAGUUUCAGGCACUAAUUUUGGACUAUUGGGGUCGAUUGGAAAGCCAGGCACCAUGAUGCUGGGACAAGAGCAGGAUCCCGGAGGAGAGAGCCAGCCCCCGUUAGCACCGGUGCUCUUCUCCAGAAGCACAACUACUCAGCAGGAAGUGAAGGUCGAAAAUCAAGAGGAUUUGGGUGAACUCUGGGAGACUCAGUGGCAGGAGUUCUUGACUACAGUGGAAGUCCCCCAGAUCCUUCCGGAGCCUUCCCCAUGGGAGGACGCUCACAUCUUCCUAGCCUCCUUCGAGCAAGUCGCCAGAGCUUUCCAGUGGCCCAUGGAAGAAUGGGCGGCCCGUCUCCGGCCUACCUUGGGAGGAGACGCCGAGCAAGCCUACAGCAGCCUGGAGGCGGGAGACCGAGAGGAUUACGGGAAAAUGAAGGCGGCCAUCUUGCAGGCCGACGCGUUGAGCCGGGAGAAGCAACGGCAGCACUUCCGACGUUUCUGCUACCAAGAGGCCGAAGGGCCGAGGAAGGUAUACGACCAGUUGCAGAGCCUUUGCCGUCAGUGGCUGAAAGUGGAGAGACAUUCAAAGGAACAGAUUCUGGAAAUGCUGAUUCUGGAGCAGUUUCUGGCCAUCCUUCCGCCGGAGAUGCAGAGCUGGGUAAAGAGACAUAACGUGGAGAGCAGCGCUCAAGUCAUAUCCCUGGCUGAGGAUUUCUUGCUCAGGCAGUGGGUGCCGGUGAUAACGGAACAAGAGGGGGGACAGGAGCUUGGUGCUAGGUCUGAAAAUAUGCAGCCCCUGGAGAGAGGGCCCUCUGAUGCCGGGCAGAAACUACAAUUUGCCAGGGAGCUGAAGAUCGAAGAAGAUGCUGAUGCAGAUAUUUGGAAGCUGCGCGAGAGUGAAAAUCAGCUGCAGGGAAGGAUGCACGGGGUGCCUCCGGAGAGAGCAAAUAGCGUUGCUCUACCGUGUUACGAUCCAGAAGAGACCCUUGGAGGACAGCAGGGAGUCUACCACAUGGAGGGGAGUCCAUUUGUCAUCAAUUACGAGCAGGAUGGUAGAAAAGCAGAAAUCAUUGUCUUCUGUUCAGACACGCAGAAGGAGAAAAGAAGAAAGCAAUGCUUGGUGUGCGGGAAAAGCUUCACGCGAAACUCGGCCCUUAACCGGCACGAAAGGAUCCACACGGGGGAAAAAUCGUACAAAUGUUUCCAGUGCGACAAAAGUUUCUACGAUAAGACAGCCCUGAAAAGACAUCAAAGAACCCACAAUACCGAUCGAAGGUGUCCUAAUGCCUCUCAUGCCCAGCCCGGUGAGGAUUUACCUCUUCCUCCUUCCGACAAAAUCGCACAGAACUUUUGCAGCGAGUGUGGGAAACAAUUUGACAGUGUACUGGACCUAAAUGUACAUAAAAAAAUUCACCAGGAGCAGAAUCCCAGUGGCAGGACAGAGAGUGGAGAGACAUCUGGAAAAAGCCAAACUCUGGAGCUGGGGAAGCAUCCAACGGCCCUUGCCACACCGAAAACCUACAAGUGUCUGGAGUGCGAGAAAAGCUUCAUUUGGGGUUCAUCAUAUCACAGGCACAAAAAGAUCCAUUUGAGAAACAAAUCUAGCCCACUUUCGUAUGAAAGGAAAAGCUUCAAGCAAGGGUCCCAGCUCAUGAAAUUUCAGCCUUUCCCCGUUGCAAAGAAACACUAUAAAUGCCCCGAGUGUGAGAAGAGUUUCCCGGCGCUCAAAUCCUUGGAAAAACAUAAAAAACUCCACCAAAGAGAGAAACUAAAUAGCUCUUUGCAAAAGGCACCCGAGACAAAAGACAAAACCUGUUCGGAGUGCGGGAAGUUUUUUGAUCGACUGUCCCACCUAAGAAGGCAUCAACGGGUCCAUACGGGCGAGAAACCCUACAAGUGCUCGAUAUGCGAGGAGAGUUUCAUGUGGCAGGGACCUUUUGAAAGACACCUGAAGGUCCAUAGGAAGCAGAAGCAGAAGCCUCCGGUGCCAGCGGUGUCUGUUUCCCAGGAGACACCUAAUCAGUGUUUGGAGUGCGGGAAGACGUUCAGACAACAAUCGGACCUCAUGCGACAUUGGCGGGUCCACACUGGUGAGAAGCCCCACAGAUGUACGGAAUGUGGGGAGUCCUUCAUGUGGCCUUCAUCUCUCACUAUGCAUCGGAAGAAGGUCCACGGGGGGAAGCGAUUGGUCCCCCUCCUCCAAAAAUUACCUCCGGGGGAAGGCAGAUCCUACAAAUGUUGUGAGUGCGGCAAAAGUUUCGACCGUUCCUCGAGCCUAAUAAACCACCGGCGCACCCACACCGGAGAAAAACCAUACCAGUGCACCAGCUGUGAGAAGAGUUUCAUGUGGCCUCGCUCUCUUCUGAGACACCGAAAGAUCCACAACACCAGGAAAGCAGGAGGCCCUUUGCCCCAAAAAUCCACUCCGGGGGACAAAUCCUGCGUUUGUUCCGAUUGUGGGAAACGCUUUGUCUAUUCGUAUCUCUUGAUUCGGCAUCGACGCAUUCACACCGGAGAGAAACCGUACAAAUGUGCAAAAUGUGGCGAGAGCUUCAGGUGGGCUUCCUCGUUUAACCUGCACCAAAAGAAGGUCCACGCGGACACGAAGGUGGCUCAUCUUCUCCCAAGACAGGCAGACAGGGAGACAAAACCUUACGGGUGUUCAGAUUGCGGAAAAGAAUUCCAGAUACCUUCCCGCCUCUUGAGCCAUCAGAGCACUCACACCGGGGAGAGGAAGUACAAGUGCACCACUUGCGGGAAAGGUUUCUUCUGGCAGUCCUCACUGUCGGUGCAUCACAAGCAUUUACAUAAGACCAAGGAAAAGAAACCAGUCCCCGCUUUGCAACCCAUAUCUCAGGGACAAGGCAGUGCUAAACCCCAGCCAGUCUCCGCUGAAGGGAAAGCUUUCAAAUGCUCCAAGUGCGCAGAGAGUUUUGUGGGGUUUUCAGCUCUUCUGCGACAUAGAAAGAUCCACGAGAGAGAAAAACUCGGGCUUUUUUUCCAAAUGAGACCUGUGACCCCGGGGAAAACUUAUCCCUGUACUGAGUGUGGGAAAAUUUUUAACUGGCCAUCCCGUCUCUUAAGACAUCAACGCAUCCAUUCACAGGAGAGGCCCUGUCGGUGCCCUGAUUGCGGAGAGUGUUUCCGGUGGGAUUCAGCUCUUAAAGCACAUCAGGAGAAGAUCCAUAAACAGAAGCCAGCGGUCUCUUUCCUGCCCAAAGAUGACCCGGUCAAAGAGGAAAAUCACCUGUGCGCGGAGUGUGGAGAAUCCUUCCCCUCUUUAUCAUCUCUUAUAAGGCAUCAGAGUAUCCACAAGGGAGAAAAACUGGAUGAAUCCAGCCACGGCGAAGAGAAUUUCCCAUGGAAUUCAGCCCUCCAAGAACACCCAAAGGCUUGUAAGGAAGAAGAAGAACCGAAUUCCCUGCUUCAAAAGCUACCCAGUAGAGGUGGAAGCACCUACCCUUGUCUCCAGUGUGGGAAAAAAUUCUCCAAAUUGAGGCUGUUGCAGAAACACAAACGGCUCCACCACAAGGAGAAGCGUUACACCUGCACUGAAUGCGGGAAGCAUUUCACGCAGUCCGCCAGCUUGAAAAGACACUGGUUCGCUCACCAAGAAGAAAAGUCGUUCCACUGCUCGCACUGCGAGAAAAGCUUCGUAUACAAAGACAGUCUCACGAGGCACGAGAAGUCCCACGCGGGACUGGCAGAGUUCACCGUGCAAGUGCUGGACAAAGAAUUCUUCGCCACCCCGGAAUCACCCCAAUGCAUCGCGUCGGAGCCCGGCGUGUGUGGCACUCCCCUAGAACUCCAAGAGGAGAUCCCCGUUCCAACCUUGAAUGCUCCGGAAGUGGUGACGACAUGAUCUCAAAACGGGCCAAUCAAUAACAGAAGCCGGCGUCAAGAAAUUGUGCUGCAGAUUUCAGCGGCAAAUCUGAGGAAAGAUUGCCAACCCUGUCAGUUUUAACGGAAGAAUACCUUCCAGAAUCUUCUCUGAGCCGUAACAUAAUGAAAGCCAUGGUCCCACCAAAGGGGGCAGAAUAUCAGCAAACCCAAAUGGAGUUUUGCCUGUUUGGGGCCAUGUUGGUUUGUGCUCCCCAGUCCCUUAAUUAUAGUUUUAAGAAUUCCAAUAUGGAUGCUCAUCCGACAUCUGACUUUUGUUAUUGAACACAAUGUCAUAUCAGUUGGCUCUUGUAUAUUGUUAGAUGCAAAUUGUUGAGUUGAGUUGGGUGGGGCAAGAGGAACAGACUCAGGGUUUUAAGUAUAUUGACAUAAAAAUAUGUAAAAAACAAGGAAAUACGUUUGUGCCAUGUCACCAAAAAUACUGCAGUAUUGAUUCUUGUGUGAAAGUCCUCAGAGGUGUGAGUAAUACAACGGUUGGGAAUUCUUUUGCAUUGUUCGACUUUUAUUGUCAUGAUCACAAUCUGUUGUUUGUUCAGUUUUAUGGAAGGGAACUACUAAUAAACACAAUGUGCAGA